AUGGCAGAAAGUAAAGGUGCGUUAAUUGCGAAAUCAGUGCAAAAACAUGCAGGGCGGGCAAAAGAGAAGCUUCUCCAAAACUUGGGCAAGGUGGACCGCACACUAGACGACAUAUUUGAAGAGCACCUGCAGAACUUUAACCGGCAACACCAGCAGGCCACCCGCUUACAGAAAGAGUUCAACAACUACAUCAGAUGUAUACGAGCUGUACAAACAGCAUCAAAGACCCUGAUGGAGGCGAUAACGGAAGUAUACGAGAGUAGUUGGUCCGGCCACGACCUACUGUAUGUGCAGGCGCAGAACAUGGAGAUGCUAUGGCAGGACUUCUCGCACAAGCUCGGCGAUCAAGUGCUCAUACCUCUUAACACAUACACGAACCAGUUCCCGGAAGUUAGGAAAAAGAUCGAGAAACGCGGUCGUAAGUUGGUUGACUACGACGGACAGAGGCACAGCUUCCAGAAUUUACAGGCCAACGCUGCGAAGAGAAGGGACGACGUUAAGGUGACGAAGGGUCGCGAGCAGCUGGAGGAGGCUAAGCGCACGUACGAGAUGCUAAACUCGGAGCUGCACGACGAGCUGCCCGCACUCUUUGACUCGCGCGUGCUCUUCUACGUCAACAACCUGCAGACUUUGUUCUCCGCUGAGCAGCUGUUCCAUGCUGAGACCGCGAAGGUGUACGCGGAGCUGGAGGCGAUCACGGACAAGCUGGCCACGGACAGCCAGCGCGGCUCCUACAGGAAGCCGCAGGCGCACAACGGCAACGCCAACACGCACAACAACGUGCAACCGACAGACGCGGCGCCCGCGCUGCCCUCGUCCCCCGCGCCCCCCGCGCGCGGUUCGCCCCCCGCGCCCCCCUCGCCAGCGCUCAACGGAGACGGGCGGGCGGGCAGCGCGUCGCCGCUCGGGCGCGCCGACUCGCCGGUCGACGUGCCCGACUCCCCCUCUGACUCCGCCCCCGCUACGCCCGCGCGCUCGCCCAACAACAACGUGGAAGCCAAGUCGCCGCAACACGGCACACCAGUCGGAUCGCAGCCCUCGACCGAGAAUAUCAAUAACAACAUCGACGAAAAGAGUGAAACACAGCUAGAGAAAGAGAAGGAAAAUGAGAAGGACAAAGAGAAAGAGAAGAAAGAUGUAGAAAAUCAGAACAAGAAUGAUGAAGUUUACGAUGUACCCGUGGGGGCGACGCUGGGCGGCACGGGGGUUGUGGCGGGGGUCGGUGUGAGGGAUGGCGUAGGGGUCACGGGGGGCGCGGGCGGCACUCUGUACCGCGUGCGCGCUACGUACCGUUACACGCGCGAAGACAGCGACGAGCUCUCCUUCGACGUCGGCGACAUCAUCCGCGUCGUUGAGUACGACGACCCCGACGAGCAGCGACGAGCUCUCACCUUCGACGUCGGCGACAUCAUCCGCGUCGUUGAGUACGACGACCCCGACGAGCAGGUACGCUGCCCCACCCACACUACACACACUCUCACUGCACUACACGUGCGCGCCACGUACCGCUACACACGCGAGGACAGCGACGAGCUCUCUCCUUCGACGUCGGCGACACCAUCCGCGUCGUUGAGUACGACGACCCCGACGAGCAGGUACACUGCCCCACCCACACUACACACACCUGCACACACUCUCACUGCACUACACGUGCGCGCCACGUACCGCUACACACGCGAGGACAGCGACGAGCUCUCCUUCGACGUCGGCGACAUCAUCCGCGUCGUUGAGUACGACGACCCCGACGAGCAGGAGGAAGGUUGGCUGAUGGGUAUAAAGGAGUCCACCAACGAAAAGGCCGGUGAAGCACUAAGGUUGUGCAAAGUAAUUUUCAAUAUGGAUCUGCAAGAAAUCUUUAUAGUAGUAAGUUAA